AUGGCCCCUGCCAUCAGUAAGUGGCACGCGACGGAAGAGGAGCUGGUCGAUGCGAAAGCCAUUCUCCACGGUGGCAUUCGUGUUCAUGACAAGUCCUCCAAGAAGAGGCUUAUCAUUAGCAGGCACGCGACCGUGAAGAAUGGCUUCCACAUCGAGCAGCGAUCUCCAGGUUUUGCCGCGCGCGGGCGACGCCAUGCCCUGAUGGCCAGGGACACCGCCGGGGCCUCUAAAUCCGCACAUCAGGGACCUUGUGGACGUCGAGGAGACAGUUCUCCUGAUCCAACACUGCGCACCAACAUCUCUAGGUCGGCAUGCUGCCACGCUGCACCCCAACCAUGCUACACAUUCGCGUCGCACCCACACGUCGUCGCCAGAGCAGCGUCCUUAUUAGCCCCUCCUCGUGGUCGUCGUAUCCAUCCACACCCAAGAGAUGAAGAAAUUAAACCCCAUGGGGUCGUUCUGCUCCUCUCCUCCAGAUCGUCAGUGGCUAGAACUGGAACAUGGAAGCCUGACCACAUCGUUGUCUUUGCUAAGAUGUUAGUUGAGAUCGGAGGACUACGAGGGCAUCGGGCAAGACCGUUCAAACAUGAAGUAAUUCCGAUAAUUAGGGCUCAGGAGACACUCCCGGACAGCUUCGUCUUCCCGGCCGAGCAGCGCCCGCCGGCGUCGUCCGCCGCCGUCGCGCUCCCCGUCAUUGACCUCUCCGCCCCCCGCGACGAGGUCCGGCGAGCCGUUCUUGAAGCUGGCAAGGAGCUAGGCUUCUUCCAGGUGGUGAACCACGGCGUGCCGGAGCAGGCGGUGCGGGACAUGGAGACCUGCUGCGAGGAGUUCUUCCGCCUGCCCGCGGAGGACAAGGCGGCCUUCUACUCCGAGGACACGGACAGGCCGAACCGCCUCUUCACCAGCACCACCUACGGCACCGGCGGUGAGAGGUACUGGCGGGACUGCCUCCGCCUCGCCUGCGGCAGCUUCCCCGUCGCCGCCGACGCCAAGAGCGCCUGGCCCGACAAGCCUGACGGCCUCAGGGAGGCGACGGAGAGGUUCGUGGCGCCGACGCGGGCGCUGGGCAUGGCGCUGCUGCGGCUGCUGUGCGAGGGCGUGGGGCUCCGCCCGGACUACUUCGAGGGGGACCUCAGCGCCGGCGACGUGGUCGUGAACGUCAACCACUACCCGCCGUGCCCGGACCCGGCGCGCACGCUGGGCCUGCCGCCGCACUGCGACCGCAACCUCAUCACGCUGCUCCUCCAGGGGAGCGUCGCCGGCCUCAAGAUCGCGACGAACGGGCUGCUGAAGAGCGUGGAGCACCGCACGGCGGCCAACGCGGCGGUGCCGCGCACGUCGGUGGCGACGUUCAUCAUGCCCACCGACGACUGCCUCGUCGCCCCCGCCGCGGAGCUCGCCGGGGGCGGCGGCGGCGGCGCGCGGUACCGCGCCGUGACGUUCCGGGAGUUCAUGAGGGUGUACAAGACCGUCUGCGCGCGCAGGGAGAGCGUCGAGAAGGCCUUCAAGAUCUGA